AUGUGCGCGGAGGUGGAUCGGCUGCAGCGGUGCCAGCCCCCCUCCUGGCUCACGGUGGCGGAGUCCAUCAAAGUCUACGAGCUGAACUGCCAGAAGGUGAAGAACGCCACAAGCGAUUUCAAAACCUAUCAGUUCGAUGUAUCAGACGCCCAGAACGUGAUUUGGGCACAGCAAGGCGAAGCGGCUCAGGAGCUCUGCGACCAAGCGAAGCAGAAGUUGAACGGGGAUGACGUCUCUUCGGCUGCCAGACUGGCUGUGGACGCAUGGGGGCAGCAUAUCAUGAAUGGGACCGUGUGCUGCCCCCUGCCGCAUGCACCCUUCUGCUUGGACACCUCGGCGUCGCCGACCUCCUUUGUGGUCUUUGGCCUCUUCAGUUGGGUCAUUUUGAUGUUCAUCUUUGCCGUGAUCGCGCGCAGCCCUCAGCAUCCACAUGAGAAGGAAUACGAGGAGACGGACAAGGCGGUGAGCCUUUGGAGGGCGUAA